UCCCAAGAUACCCCGUCGCACACUUCACAAUGACAGAGACAACGAACGAUACAGCUGCAGCUGCAGACCCCCAACCUCCGGUGAUCACAUUUAAAAAGCGCGGCGCGAAAGCGAGUCAGAACAUCCGCAAACGGCCCGCGGCACCCGCCACAUCGCAAGACGACGAUUCUUCCGACUUCUCCUCCUCGGAAGAUGAGUCGGGCCACAGAAUAAAGCGCAGGAAGAACAAGGGCGCUGGGAUAGUUUCCGCCUCAUCUGCGAAUACCAAGCCUGUCGUUCGGGAACCUGCCGCCACCGCCACGGGUGACCGCAAGGUCCAGAUUGCGGAUACGAACGACGCCACAAAACAUGUCGACUGGUUCGACGAGGAUGCGAAGAACGGGCGAUCAUCGAAACCUCAAGAUGCCUCGAAUGAUCUGCAAAUGCCUGAUGGCACUUACAAGGGGCUUGCCAAUCAGACUUCUUUUAUCAAGAAGAAUCCGAAUGCGCCAAACAGGUCAUUCGGGCCGAUCAAGGCGGCGACAAAUAUUCGCACCAUCACGGUGACGGAUUACUCGCCAGAUGUUUGCAAGGAUUACAAGCAGACUGGGUUUUGUGGUUUUGGUGAUAAUUGUAAAUUCCUCCACGACAGAAGCGACUACAAACAGGGUUGGGAACUCGACCGAGAAUGGGAGAACGUUACCAAAGGCAAACAAUUGAAGGGAACGGUGGUGGCGAGUGCCGACCGUACUAGGGUGGAGAAUAAGGACGAUGACGAGGAGUCUAUGCUGGAAGAUAUACCGUUUGCCUGUUUCAUCUGCAAAGGACCAUACAGAGAACCUAUCGUUACAAAAUGCGGCCACUAUUUCUGUGAGCAAUGUGCGCUGCAACGAUACCGAAAGGAUCCCAGCUGUGCGGCUUGUGGAUCGGCGACGAAUGGCUUGUUCAGUACAGCCAAGAGGCUGAAAAAGCUUCUGGACAGAAAGAGGGAGCUAGCGGCUAAGAGAAGACAAGAAGCUAUUGAAGCUGGUGAGGAAGUGAGCGACGAAGAAGAUGAAGACGAAGAAUAGGGUGUAUGUAUAGUAUAUACGUCAGCAGUAUUUAGGAUAUGGUAGCGCCUGGUCAUGCAAACUGCCACUAU